UGAAAAAUGUUUUAAAUUUUUACCUGUAGCUUGACAAACUAGUGCAAAGAAAGCUGAGCAUUGCAUUUGAAGAGACAGUGAUAUUAUAUCUGCAUAUCCUGUGGCUUCAGAGAAGUACUACAUAUUUGUCUAAAUGUGACUGCAACAGAAACUUAAUUUCCCACCAAGUAUCAUCUGGACUGAAGUGCUGCAGCAGCUUUUCUCAGACCUAACUUUACUUGUAGCAUUAUUUUAGGUCAGUGUCUUUUAAUCAGCUGGUGUUUUUGUGAUUUUUAGAAACUGUCCUAGUAGAGAAACCACAAGUGUAGAUCAUCAUAACAUUUCACAAUCACAAAGUGUCCCAGUACUUUUUGUAUAUAAUAACGGUUUUUAAGAAUUAAUAAUUUGUCUUUCUUGAAAAUGUAAUUAUCUUUUAUUUAUUCUUUUGUCUCUUCUAUAAUAAGUUUAACCAAGUUUGGGGUCUGUAAAAUUUGUUAAAAAGAAAAUGCAAUAUAUUAUUACAAUUUAAAAUUAAGUAUUUUAAAAUGUAAUUAAUUCCUGUGAAUUUUCAGCAGCCGUGUUUGUUGUUACAUAUAACAACAAAACCAAAAAUGAACCAGAUAUUCCUCUGUUUAUAUAAAUCAAACGGUUUCACCCCAAGUUGGAUUUUAACCAUUAGCAUGCCAUUGAUGCUUGUGUGCAGCAUUAACCCCAAAUCUUCCCCCUCUUUAUUCACUGUUUUUCUCCCCGUGCUCAUUUCAGUCAGUCUGUAGGGGGCUGAGGUGGCACUGGCUCUUUGUUUGCUUGUCUUUGCUGUCCCUUGUGUUGCAUCGAGACAAAGGCUAUUGUCAGUGCAGCCACAGAAAGACACUUGGUUCUCCGUAUUUUCUCACACUCUUCAUGCCGUGGUACAGACCUGCUCCGUCGCCAUCCCCCUCAGCAGCACAUGAUACGGAUGGAGACCCCCUCACACCGAUCCACCCAGACUCACACACUUCGCUGCAGCUGCUGCUCUGUUGCGAUGGCACGUUGCAGUGUUUCAGAUCCAUGUGAAUGGAUAAAUGAGAACAGUUUUAUAGAGAAUUUGGCUUUAUUAAAGUAGGAAUAGGCUGUAUAAAAAGGAAAGGAGUGUAAAGGGUUGAUAUGCGUGGCAACACUGCUCUUGCUGUUCUUAAUUCAGUUCAAUUCAGCCACAAGUCAUCAUUAGUGAGGUGUUGGAGGAAAACCUUGAAGAGAACCAGACUCAUCUGGAGUCCAUCCUACAAAAUAAUGUCAUAUGACAAUAAUAUACAGCUCUAUGAAGAGUUCAGAUGCAAAAGCAUCUUAGUUGUUAUGAAUGCUGUAUGCGUUGUCUUGGAGGAGUGCCGUAUGUCUCUCUGCUGGCCACUCUGCUGUGUUUCUCUGGCAUUGCUCUGUUCUGCGGCUGUGGACAUCAGGCCCUUACAGAGAGCGAGAGACUGAUCGAGACGUACUUCACCCGUGAGCAUCAGGACUACAUCACGCUAGCGUACCUUAUUGAGUAUUUUCAGUACAUCAUUUAUGGCCUGGCCUCCUUCUUCUCCCUGUACUGUAUAGUCCUGCUGGCUGAAGGCUUUUACACCACCAGUGCAGUCCGGCAGUCAUUUGGAGAAUUUCGUAGCACAGUUUGUGGUCGCUGUCUCAGCACAAUGUUCAUUGUGAUCACAUUUGUCCUGGUUGUGGUCUGGUUGCUGGUGUUCUCUCUCUCUGCGCUUCCUGUCUACUUUUUUUACAACAUGGCAUACACCUGUCACACUAUCAGCGUCCUCUCUGAAACACCCUCCAGCAUCAACCAGCUGUGCAUUGAUGCCAGACAGUACGGUUUACUUCCAUGGAGCGCAGUACCAGGAAAGGCUUGUGGGAUGACCCUGUCUAAUGUCUGCAAGACAAGAGAGUUUUCCCUGAUCUAUGUUCACUACAUCGCUGCCUUCGCUGGAGCGGGGAUGACAGUCUUGGCUCUGCUCACAUUUACUGUGUCCACCACCUAUAACUUUGCAGUUCUGCGGUAUCUGGGGAGGAAAGGCAUCGGUCCACGCUGUUAACGUCUGUUCUGUCCGGGUGUCCUUCUACGGUCAAUAACAGCACCAUUUUGGAGCACUUUAGAAUUUCUCAUCUUCUUCUUUUCCACAUCACAACACAAUUUCCUGACUCUUUUAGAUGUUUUUUUUUUUUUUUUUUUUUGAAUGUAAAGAUUUACAAACUUGGAAUCUGCCUUUUCUACCUGUAUACUGCUCCAGACCACUAGAGGAAAGUCCUCCGGCUAAACGAGUCGUGUUUAAACUUAACGCCUGGUAUUCUUCAGCAGUACACAAACUGUACAGUCAACAUUCACAAUGAAAACUUUAAUUGCUUUAGGAAAUAGAAGUAAAAAUAAUAAUCGGGUAGAAAUGAGAUUUUUAGAUGCUCGAAUUUCAAUCUCAUGGCGGUGAAUAGCAAGUUUCCAUGGUGACCAUCCCUCACAUCUGGUUGCCAUGGAGAGAGACAGCAAUGCAUGCUGUUUUCUUGUGACCCCAGCACUUUUUUUCUCACAGCCUCUUGAAAGGACUGAGAAAGGGACUGAAACAAUGCAUCAGCCCCUCUUUGUUAGAGGAAAGCCCAUGCUCGGGGUCAGUUUAGGCGUCAGAAGAUAUCACCCACUGACAAAGAGGCUUCUGGGACUUUUCAGCUGCUUGAAUAAAAGCCUUUCUGUGACCGGUGCACAGAUGUUUGAGCAGGUAUUUUACUGCAGAGCGUGUCGUUACUAAUAGUGUUUCGUGGCUGGGAUAUUUCACUGAAAAUCAAGAAUGAAAGACACUUAAGUAGAAAAAAAUGGAAAAAAGCAGCCUUAUCAGCCGUAGCUUAAUUUUGUUUGUUUUCUGUAGACUUAUUUUUUUUUCUUUACAUAAGGUAACUAAUUCAUGAUGUUUUAAUGUAUUUCAUCCUGAACAUUUUUUAUGAUACAUGUUUGAUUCUUGAUCACCCCGUAGCGUUUGGUGAAAGCAAGGUUUUAGUGUAGAUUUAAAGCAGUAGGAUGCCCUAAAUAGUUCACAAUCAUCGUUUACUCACCCUUAUGUCUUUCCAAACCCGUAUCACCUCACAAAAGGCGAUAUGUGUGACUACUGCACUACAUCACAAGGCAACUGAAAUUGUUUAAUAUAAUUUGUGCUUCCUCGUAAUCAACAACGCAGUUUUAUGAGACAUUUGGUGUCAUUGAUAUUAAACCUGUUGUAUUGAGUCAUCGAUGGCUCUAAAUGUGGUGCACAAGUCAUACGGACCACACAUUUUCAUGCUGCUUUUCUGUUCUUUGAGCAUUUUUUUAUCACUGUAAAAAAAAGAGCAGCAUGAACAUUCUUCAAAAUAUCUCCUUUUUUGUUACACGGCUGAAUUAAAGUCAUACAGGUUUGGAACAACCUGACUGCGACAAAUUAAUGAUUUUUCACUGACGUGUGAACUGUUAAUGUUGUUUUGUAACUCUGAUUAUCAGGAGAUUAUUGUAGUUAUUGUAUAACACUUUCUUUUGCUAAAUUUCCUAUUAAUUAUUCAUUUAUUUUUAUUCAUCAAAGGGCUUAUUUCAUUAGCACUAACAAUAUUUCUUAGAUUUCUUUUUGUAUACUCUACGUUUAUUUUUUUAUUUUAACCUGCUGCUUGGCUGCAGUUUGUUGGUCUCUUGGUUCUGUGAAAUCUGAUGUCUGUGAGGUUCAGCAGAAAAUAAAGGUCAGUGCCUUUCACCAAUGA